CGAAGAAGCUCCUUUUAUCAAAGAGAGAGAGAGGGGGGGGGGUAUCUGACUGAGCAAGCUUUGAAAGCAGAUUAAACUGAAGUGCGCCUCUCUUCCAGAGCCGUGAGACUCUGAUCGGACUAUCUCGUCUUUACUUCUUUUAUUUAACCGGAGUGAUCUUUCAAAGGGAUGGAUACUUCAUGAAGGUGUGAAUCUUUCUGUGAGAGGAGCUCCAGCUAUGGAAACAAACACGAGUCUAUGUUUGACGCAAGAGCUAAGGACCAUCAAAACAAGACGACAGCAACUUUUUCACUGAUGGAAUAAGACCGUGAUUGUUUGAUGCCAUACGACAGACACCAAAUCAGCCUGGGAAAAGCAAACAAGUUUCUUGAACUGCGAAUGAAAAGUCAAGUCUAAGCAGCACUGGAUAUGAAUGACAUCAAUUCUGUAUGUGCACUGGUGUGACCAUUAAAAUAAACCAGUUUACGUACUGAACUGCUUAAUAUUGCCACAGUGCUUGACAGACUGAAGAAAAACUGUCAGAAUGAUGACUGGGAUAAAGUGCCAAGUGGUCAAAAAUUAAGCUUUGAAGAACUGGUGAUGCAGUACCAGGAUAAGUUCCUCUGCAACGUAUCAGUGCAAUCCAGGAUAAAUGGAGGAGCGGGACCGCAGUCGCUCUCCGUCUCGCAGGACCAGCAAAGUAGAACAGGUGGUGGGACGUUGGCUACGCCGCUCCAGGGAGUCCAGCAGCCGGGAGCGUGUGUUAGAGGAUGGGCAUGCUGCCGAAAAUGGCUCUCAGGACCAGAGGAGCUGUCCGAUUAGUGUCAUUAUUAAAGUGCCACUUGACCCCACCCUCAACACCCAUGGGUUUACUGUCUCAACACACACUCCACCCCUGGUGCUGGAUGUGACAGAAGGAGGCCCUGCUGAUGGAAAGCUUGUCCCUGGCGACCAGCUUAUGAAAAUAAAUAAUGUUGCUGUUGAUGAUUUAUCCACAGAGCAGGCCGCUGACAUCAUCAGGGAAUGUCAGGAUACUCUAACAUUGACUGUUCUGAGAUAUACUGGGCCAAAGUCAUCUUUCAUAACUCCAGAGAAGAGAGCCAAGCUGAGGACAAACCCAGUUAAAGUGAGGUUUGCAGAAGAAGUGGUGGUCAAUGGUCACUCACAGGGUAACUCUUUGCUGUUCCUGCCUAAUGUGCUGAAGGUCUACCUGGAGAAUGGCCAAACAAAGGCUUUUAAAUUUGAAUCCAAAACCACUGUUAAGGACAUAGUGAUGACCCUGAAGGAGAAACUCUCUAUCACCCGUAUCGAAUAUUUCUCUCUAGUACUGGAACAACAAUACAGCAGCAGCAAACUACAUCUACUGCAUGAUGAGGAGAUCAUUCAAGGGGUGGCUGAGAAGAAGGAGAUUCAUGACUACAGGUGUCUGUUCCGAGUUUGUUUUCUGCCCAGAGACUUUGAGAAUAUGCUAAUAGACGACCCUGUGGCCUUUGAAUAUCUAUUCUUACAGAGCGUGAGUGAUGUUUUACUGGAAAGGUUCGCAGUGGAGAUGAAAUGUAAUACAGCUCUCAGACUGGCUGCAUUGCAUGUACAGGAGAGACUAGCAAGCACUGGACAAACUCUUAAAACACCACUCAAGGCUGUCUUGAAGGAGUGGGGUAUUGAAAGCUUUAUAUCCCACACUUUACUGCGCAACAUGAAAGAGAAAGACUUGAAGAAAGCAAUCAGUUAUCAUAUGAAGAAACUAUUAGCUCAGGAGCCUAAGCAGAAGGUGAUCUCAGUGGACCAAGCUAGACUGAACUACUUAAAUGAGAUAGCUGAAUUGAAAUCAUAUGGAGGAAAGGCUUUCAGUGCCACUAUGAUGCUGCAGGACAGAGAGUCAACAGUGAGUUUGUUGGUGGGAGCUAAGUAUGGGGUGAGUCAGGUGAUCAAUCACAAGCUGAGCAUUAUGACCACACUAACAGAAUUCAGCUGCGUUACCAGAGUGGAACUGUUUCCUGAAUCUGAAAGAGUUAGUCUGGUCAAGAUCUACCUGCAAGAUAUCAAGCCAAUAACCUUGUUGUUGGAAUCGGUAGCAGCUAAAGAUCUAUUGUGUCUGGUUGCUGGAUACUGCAAACUUCUUGUGGACCCCCAGAUAUGUGUUUUCCCAUGGCCAGCUAAUUCAAAGAACCACCGCAUAUCAGCAGAAGAAGGUUAUGUGUCACAUUGUGGCAGUGACUCUGAAGACUCAGAUACAGACAUGGAUGCUCUCCUUGCUCAUGUUGCUAGUACCAAAAACAACAAAACAACAGUUAAGCCCAGUGAUGAUCUAGAUGGAGAAACUGAAAAACAAAGUCUGAUGGAAAAAGAAGAGGCGGAGAGGGACCGAGAGAAAGAAGAGGAAGAGAUGGAGAAAAACUGUGAAAGGAAGAAAGAAACCAGCCAUGAAUUUAUAACUGCUAAUAAUGAAGAGAUGGUAGAAACAGAUGAUGAAAGAGUAGGAGCAGACAAUGAUGACAAAAAGCAAAAGAACAAGCCUGAAGAUCCGCAGUGUGGCGUUAUUGUAGAUGACCCAACAUCUGAAGCAUCUGAUUCAUUCCAGACUGAGUCACUUUUCAUGACCAGCAUCUCCAGUGACUCUAUAGAUGCCCUAGAGGAGGAUGACCUCAUGACAUACUUCUCUGCCACUUACCCAUGGCAUUUACCAGUGAAAGAGUCUUUUUGCAAUGUAGACCACUUUACUCCAUCAUUGUCUCCAGUGCAACUGCAGAGCAAAGACAGUCAUCCCCUAAGUGACAUGUUCUCUGCAGAUGCAAAUUGUGAGUCUGAGGUUGACCAAAUCUUUGCUUUUGCUGCACUCUCAAAUAUUGCUGAAUGUCUUCCCAGCCCACCUGAAGCAAGUGAAGAUGAGGACUGUGAGGAUCUAGGAAUAGAGAAAGAAAGGCACAAAAAGGGGUCACCUGAAAAUCAACUGAAAACCACAGUUCCCUCUUCUGGAGAAUAUGUGUUUUCAUUUGAGCAUGGCGACACUAGACACUACUACAAUAUUUGCUCCAAUGUUACCCCUGACAGUGCCCGCAGCAUUCCACGACCUCUCUCUCCUCCAGGUUCUAAGGAAGGACAUGGUUCUAAGGAAGGACAGAUGGAUCUGCAAAAAGUGGAAGUUAAAGUGAUGGAAUCAGUGCCGAUUUUUCUCCCUCCACCAGGGUUUGGAGACAGCAGUUCAGAUGAAGAGUUCUUUGAUGCUCAGGAAAAAUUCAUAUCCCCUGAAGAUCUCUCUUCAACGGCCAUAACAAAAGAAGAUUCUACUCAGUCAAGCACCAGGACACGCACACGAAGGUUAAAUGAGACUGGAAUAUGUGUCAGUGAACAAGAUGCAGAUGAUUUAGAAAAGGCAGAAAAGGAAGAAAUGCAGGAAAAAGUGGCUAUACAAGAUCAAUUGUCAAGGUUCCAAAAAAGGUCCAAGAAGCGCCGCUCAUUCAUGGAAACAAAUUAUACAUCCCUAGUGUCUUUUCCAGAACAGGACCAAUUAGGAAACAGUUAUGGCAACAGCGUCCCAAGUUAUGGUUCUAUAUCUCUCAAGCCUGACACUGACCGAAAGGCAUGUUUUGAGGGUAGUUGCUUAGAUCAAAGUCUGUGUCCAACAGUCUCAUCCCUAACGCAUUCUGAAGGAGAACCAGCACAAUUAGAAUCCAAACCUAUCCACCCAUUUAAACCCAGUGGGUCAGGACUCACCACGGAUUCACAUGCAGGGUCACAUUCAAACAAGGCAUAUCAGCAGAAACAGCAACUUAUAGAGAUGGAACCAGACUCAAUGGAGUGCAAAUCAGUCACUGAGCUAAUGUCUACUGUAUCACCAACUAUAGUAGCAGUACGUUCACCCAUGGGGCUUCGGGACAAAGGUAGUAGCAGCAACCAUGGAAAUGAUGAUCAAGAUGGUGGAGCAGUAGGAGGUUUGGCUGAGACACUGUUUGGAGGUCACUUGUUCUUUGAUACAUCUAGAGAAACAAAUGACAACAGUGGAUCAUCUAAAGACCAGGCAUGCAAACAAAUGGAAUGUUUAUUCCAGCGCAGAACAAUGCCCCUCAAGAGCAGCUCAUUGCCAAGACUAGGCCAGAAAACCCAACUAAGUUUGCCCUGCGUACAUAUCCCAAGUAUAUCAUAUACUACAAGCCCAAAUAUAGACAGGGACAUGAACAACGAUUCUUUAAUUCUAGAAUUUGGGAUGGGAAAAGACACAGUGGAGCCAACAGAGAGGGCCAGGAGUCACAGCGUGUCUUCAACAUCCGAUAAUGAUGCACAUUACCCACCCAAGCACUUAUUUUCAAAGAAAGAAUCUGAAUCUGAUAAAAAUGACAGUUCUUGUGACCCAUGCAUUCAAGAACUGUCUUCUGGCAUUUUAUCUUUUGAACCAUCCCAAAACUUCUUUCUUACACCUUGUUCAUCUGGAGUCCUUGGGCGACUCUCUGCCUCAACACUACGGGGAAAGAUCCAGAACCUCCCUCUCUACCUAUCACGUUCUCAGGAAACGCUAAGUGCUAAUUCCCCUGCAAGUAAUGUUACAUCUGAAAGAAGGCUUUCAGAAUCACAACUGAAAACAAAUGAAGUUGAAGUGGCAAAAGAGGCAACUGAGGAUUUAACUUCGAAUGAAGGAGUUGCUGAUGUAAAAGAGGUAAAAGUGGUUACUAUAGUACCUGAAGAGGUUACAGAAGUUAUUGAAGAGGUAAGAGAGGUCAGCCACAUAAAUCCACAACCAUGUGGACAGCAGAAAAAUGAAACUAAUCCCAAAGAGUUUACUGGAAUAACCUUGUGUCCUAGGGUCCAACUCUCUUCCAUAGACUCUUUCCAAGUCAGCCCUUCAUCUGUAGUGGUUACCACACAAAACUUAAAUGUACCCUGGAAGGUGGUCACAUCUAAUGAAGUUAGUGGAUUGCAAAAACAUAGCUGUUCUCUUUUAAGCACAACUCCCAUUAACUUUAUAUCCAGCUGUGGGGUUUUCACAAACUGCAGGGCAAAACCUACCACAGGCCAGCCACAGGCUUUGCCCAGCCCAUAUCAGCAGGAGAAACCAGAUCUUAGCUGUAGCUCAGUACUGGCUGUGGGGUGUAAGACAGUAAUGGACGAUGCCCAGACACCACUCGAGGCCUGCCAAACAGUAUAUACAAACUGUUUCAGUGGAGUCCUAGAGAGCGCUACCUUUGAUGAUGAACUUACCGUCUAUGAAUUUUCCCACAGAACAAACCACGGUGAAACAGAGGAGGCACUGCUAGUGUCUAUCCCUCCUUCUUCUCUCUCAGCAUCCCCUGCUUCUUUCUCACCAUCAUCUCCAUUGCCUUCAUUUCCUCAUUUAGUACUGCCACCUUCUUCAUCUACAGAGCUCGGUCUCCUUCUGUCCCCUCUUGAUACCAAUGACUGUUUUCUGUCGGACACUCACGAAGAUGCAGUCACUGCCCUGCUGACACGUCGGUAUCCUCUACCACCAAGGGGAUUUCUUUCUUUGCAAAUGGAUGUGGACACACUCUUAAAUAUCCUUGUUGGUUCUAUGAAGAAUCAAGAUGGGGUCCAAGAGCACCCCAGGGAUACCUGUGUGGCUCAUUUUUCAAUAAACAAAAGCCGACUGCAUGUGGAAGCUCGGGGGCUAUUGGCUGGGUGUCAGCGUGUGGUUAGGGUUGGGCAGACACCAGAAGAGACACUUCAAUCACUCUCAGAAAGCUUUCGCUCACUGGUGCAGCUGACCAGUGUGUGUUUGUGCUUUUCCAGCUGCCAGCGAUGCAGGGAGCGCCAUGCCCAAGCGCUUACAGGACUUGCAGAUGUUACAAAAACGUAUCAGGACUUCGCUCGUGCGGCAGAACUAGUGGGAUGUGCUGCUGAAAGGAACACUUGUCAUGAGCUCAGUAUUAAACUCCUUGCUCGCCAAUGCACUGCACUGACAACCUCAGUUUUCUGCCUCACCCAGCUCUUUCGCACUCUUACUGCCCUUUGACCUCUGAACUGUUACAUCUGUAGCAUUUCCUAAACCAAAAGCUACAAGCUAUUUGACAGACUAGCAUUCUGUUUAAACGCAAAAAGUGAUUUGAAUAGACAUGUUAAGAUAAAUAAAUAUUGCGGCAAGUAUACUGUCCAAAUGCACUGGCAUACAAAUAGUAAGCAUGCAAUAAAACAUACAUUUGCACUCAUACAAAAACUUAAAACCUGCCUCUAAAUUUUUUUUAAAUGCAUUGACUUACAAUAGCAUCUAGAAAUACAACUUUGUACUAAGAAGCUGGCAUUAUUUGUAUGUUGAUUAUGAGGAUUAUUUACAAUUGAAUGUAACCGCUAUUGUCUUUUUACUAUGGUUAUCUGUUAUUUAUUCUGCGUCAUAUAGGGAAAGCAUAGACAAGGAGGACUUUGAAAACUCUCUGCUCUCCCUCAUGUUUUCUCUUUCUUGCUUGCUUUCUCACUUUUAUUCUCACCAGUGUUAUGUAUAUAAAGUAUUUUUUCUUCCGCCAUGCCUGAUUCCUAUUAGUGAACGAUUUUAAAGAGUCUGCAGUAAUAAAUAAUAAGCUGGGUUAUAAUUAAUUUAGUAAUCAGUAAAUUAACUAGAGAAAAGACUAAACCAAAGCUUAUGGCUGAAUGAUUGAAUGAAUGCUGCUUCACUCAAAAUACAUUCCAUUGACUUUCUGCAUAUGGAUGAGUACAGUAUAUAAUAGCAGGUUAAUUUGGUGUCAUUAUUUUGCCAAAGUCAUUAUUUUUUCAGCUUUUUCCCAUUUUUAAAGGUGCUGUUUUUCGUAAUCCCAUUUUCCAAACUUUAGUUAGUGUGUAAUGUUGCCGUUAUAGCAUGAAUAAUAUCUGAAUAAUCGUUUUGAGGACAGUGUAAAACUGCGGUAUACAGAUAAGUAAAUUGUGUGAGAAAUACUGUUUUUUUUACACAGGAAAUAUGUUAUGUUAUUUUGCACCGUAAACACAAUUAAUGCUCCGUAAACACAGGAAAAAUGGCAGCUUAGAUUAUUUAAUAAUUUGGUACUCAUCAUUGUCAUGGAUCACAAGAUGUUAUAAGCAAUAACAUCAAAGGUCUGUUUCCAAGGUAGAGUAACAGUCAUGUAUGUGCAUGAGAGAGGGCGAUUAAUGGGUGUUUUCACACUGGCUAUAGACCGUUUAAACAUAAACAAACGGCUUUGGUAAUCUUAAUGCAACUUCCGGCUCACGUUACUGUUUAAAUUGAAUGUAUACAAUGUUAGCUACAGUCCUUAAAAUUCUUGCCUGUCUGCCAAACCUCUCCGCACAGUUAUGGUCCAUGCUCGCUGUCUCCAUCGUCUUUAGAGAUGGCAAUCAUAGAUCACCGCUAUGUAAAGGGGAGGUUUGGCAGCCAAUAUGUAGUUAACGUUGUAUACAUUAAUUUUACACAAUUAAUUUUGUAACAUUAGCUCAGUGUAGUUUUUGAUAUGCUUUAGCUAUGAUUUGAACUAAGUAAAGCACAUUCAACAAGUGUGCGCACAUUUGAGUAUGUGUUGUUCAUCAACUCGUCUUUUUGUGCUUAAAGGUCACAUUUUUCCUGUGUUUUCGAAGCCUUGAUUGUUUUAACGCUACGCAAUAUAACAUGUUCAUGUGUCUUGUGUAAAAAAAAUUUUUCACACAAUUUACUUAUCUCUAUACCACUGUUUUUACUGUCCUAAAAACAAGCUGAUGUCUUCCUUGUUGUAUGAAGUCCCUCCUUCAGAAAUACGUAACGAGUUUUGAUUGUGUAGCUGGUUUAGUGUGUUGUGAUUUGACCAGCUUCUUAGCUUAGCCAGAGCUGUUUGAACUUAGCUGGCAACUGACGUAUUCAGUUUAGUCAAAAACUCUUGUAUUGACGUCAUUCAACCGGGAAGUAGAAUGAAAAGUAGAAUAUAUUGCCUGUCAGUGAACUUUGAGCUUUAUAAUUUUGCAGGUAUUAAUUAUGCUAUAACAGCAACCGUACACACUAAGUAUAGUUUGAAAAAUUGGAUCACGAAAAACGUGACCUUUAAAUUUUUUAAAUCGCUUGAAUGUUAAUAUUUGCAAGAACCAUUUACAAAUGUGCAAAUUCAUCCGCGUAUCGGGAUCGCAAGCGUGCCGAUUCAAUUAACCACUAAUGUUGUCACAUGUUGCAUUACACAACAUUGUAGCGCAGUUCUCUUAGUCUGUUUCCUUCAGUUUUAGCAAAAUCAUAAGAAAAUCUUUUAUGGUGAACAUUAACAUACUGAACCACUUUUGGGCAUUUGGAGGGCUCAAACGAACUAGGUGUAAAACACCCUCUCUGUACGACUGCCAGUUCUAUACUGUCAACACUGUUAAUCUACCUUGGUAACAGAGUUUGACAGUAACAGAACUCAGACUGAAUUAUUCAGACAACAGGAAGUCAUGAUUUUCUGCUAGCCUAUAUACUACUACACUUUUCAUGGAAAAUAUUAUAUUGUUAUGGCAUGUAACAUCUUGUGAUCCAUAACAAAGUAUCUCAUUAUUAAACUAAAUAAAAAUAUAAACAUUUGAAAAUAGCAGAAAAAAAAUGAAGUUGAACACCAAAUGUACCUGCAAUUAUAAAACCACCCAUAUGCUUUACAGUGACUUCAUAAAGAUAUGUUUACCUGACCUAUUAGAUUCAUUUAACAAGGAAACAUUAUCAAUUUGGUGCCACUAUUUAUUUUCCACAUAUUAGGUUGUUUUUAUCAGUAAUCAAAGUUUUCACAAAACACUGCUCCCAAAAUCAUGCAAAAUUACAUUAUUGUAGAUAAACUGUUAGAAACAUUUAGAGUCAUUAGCAGUGCAAAAUGUCUAAAUACCAAAAAGCUGCCAUGCUAUUCCUGAAAGGCAUGCUGUAAGGCAUAAACAUAUUGUAUACCUUGAAAAAGCGGGAUGCAUGCCAACAUACAUGAAUGCAUGACUGAGAGGAUGACCAGUGAGUGAAAGAGUUGUUUAAACAGACUUUGUAAUGCAGUACUACCCACCUUAUUAAAAUGAACUUUAAAUAACCAAAGUUUG